AUGUUGACUCUGACUCCCAACAUAACCGUGUCUUAUGAAGUUAAGAAUGUAUUUAUGGUCCUUUCAGUCCUGGAGUUUGCAGUGGGGAUUCUGAUCAAUGUCUUCAUUUUCUUGGUGUAUUUUCGGGAUGUGGUAAGGAGGCAGCCCCUGAGCACCUGUGAUCUUGUCCUGCUGAGUCUCAGCCUCACCCGGCUUUUCCUGCACGGGCUGCUGUUUCUGGAUGCCAUCCAGCUAACUCACUCCCAGCAGAUAAGCGACCUGCUGAGUUUCAGCUACCAAACCAUCAUCAUGCUUUGGAUGAUCACCAACCAAGUCAGCCUCUGGCUCAGCACCUGCCUCAGCCUCCUCUACUGUUCUAAGAUCGUCCGUUUCUCUCACUCCUUCCUGCUCUGCUUGGCCAGCUGGAUCUCCAGGAAGAUUUCUAGGAUGCUCCUGUGUACUGUCCUUUUCACCAGUGUAUGCACUAUCAUCUGUUCUUGGAACUUUUUUGGUAGAUCUCGCUUCACAGUCACAACUGUGUUACUCAUGAGUAACAAUACAGAAUUCGAUUUGCAAGCUGCAAACCUCAAGUUCUUUCAUUCCUUCCUCUUCUGCAGCCUGGGGUCCAUCCCACCUUUCUUGUGUUUUCUGGUCUCUUCUGGGGUGCUGAUUGUCUCCCUGUGCCGCCACAUGAGGACAAUGAGGGCCAAGACCAUGGACUCUUGUGACCCCAGCCUGGAGGCCCACAUCAAAGCAGUCAAAUCCCUCAUCUCCUUUCUCUGCCUCUUUAUGUUAUCAUUAUGCGCUGCCCUCCUCUCAGUGCCUUUGCGGUGGCACAGCAAGAUUGGGGCCAUGGUCUGUGUGGGGAUAAUGGCAGCCUCUCCCUCAGGGCAUGCAGCCAUCCUGAUCUCAGGCAAUGCUAAGCUGAGGAGAGCUGUGGACAGAAUUCUACUGUGGGUUCAGAGCAGCCAAAGUGUAACAGCAGACCACAAGGCAGAUCCCAGGACACCAGGUCUAUGUUGA